AUGGCGCCGCGAUUCAAACGCUGCGCGCUGCGGGCGGGCGGGGCGGCGGCGGGGGGGGGGCGGUGUCCCGGCGGGGUUCACUGCGCCUGCGCGCAGAGUCGCAAGAUGGCGGACAGUGCGGAACUAAAGCAAAUGGUGAUGAGCCUUCGAGUGUCGGAGCUGCAGGUUCUGCUGGGUUACGCGGGGAGGAACAAACACGGCCGCAAACACGAACUGCUCACCAAAGCCCUGCACCUGCUCAAGGCCGGCUGCAGCCCCGCCGUGCAGAUGAAAAUCAAAGAACUUUACAGGAGGAGAUUCCCGCAGAAAAUCAUGAGCCCGGCCGAGCUGUCCCUGCCCUCCGUGCACUCGAGCUCCAUGCCGGCCGCGCUGUCGCCGUCGGGCAUUCCUCAGCUUUCCUACGACGGUCACCCCGCCACGUCCCCCCUGCUGCCCGUGUCACUGCUGGCACCCAAACACGAACUGGAACUGCCCCACCUCACAUCGGCCCUGCACCCCGUGCACCCCGACAUCAAACUGCAGAAAUUGCCUUUUUACGAUUUGUUGGACGAGCUGAUCAAACCCACCAGCCUAGAGUGA